AAGACUAGGUUUUAGUUGCCUAAUUUCGAAAGAAAAUUGUAAAGAAUAUUGUACGUAUCGCGAUAAGAAAUACCAGAAGAUCUUUAAGAAUACUAAAACUAUGCCAUCUGGUAAACAGAGAUCCUCGGCUAAUGCCCCAGACACGACUUCGCUCAGUUUGAAUGAGAAAAUUCUCAAAGAAUGUCACGAUUUAUACAUCGAUCAAGAAAGAGGUCUCGUAGCAAUUGCCAAGAGCCUUGAUUUGAAUCUGCUGGCUCCCAGGAAAAAGAUCAAUUUGCUAAUGAUAGGGAAUCAUUCAGCUGGAAAGAGUUCCUUCAUCAAUUGGUAUAUUGAGGAGCACAUUCAAAGAACCGGUGUAGCCAUAGAAACCCAAGGAUUUACAUUUGUGACUAGUGGGAAAAAGAGAGAAUCACUUACUGGUAAUGCCACUCUCCACCUUUACCCACACUUCAAACCCCUACAGGAAAUUGAAGGAGUGGUUGAGUACCUUACAACCGAGAUAUCCACAUCCAAACAGAAAAAGUUUCCUCUUGUAACCUUUAUUGACACUCCUGGACUAGUUGACGGAGACAUGAAGUACCCAUUUGAUGUUGACGAGGCCAUCAUCUGGCUUGGUGGUCUGGCAGACCUUAUCUUUGUGUUCUUUGACCCUAUCGGGCAAGCUCUAUGUAAAAGGACUCUUAAUCUUGUUGAGCACCUAAAUGAGGACCAGUCUGAGCGCCUGCGCUUUUACCUCAGUAAGGCCGACACUGCCGGCCAUGAGAGUGACAGACAGAAAGUGUUAAUGCAGAUAACUCAGGAGCUUUGCAAGCGACCCGGUCUUAACAAAGCUGGUUUUGACAUGCCUACAAUAUAUGUACCUACAAUGCUUGACAAGCCAUCUCGGUGUGCCAAUCAGAUAGAAGAUGUGUGUAAAGAGAUCGAGAAGACAAUUAACCAGACGAUACAAAACACACUCAACACAUUGGAGAAAGACUGCCAGAAGAUUUCAGAUAUUGUUGAUGAACGACUUGAAAUUGAUGCUGAGGCAAGGUCCUAUAACCUGAAAGCAAGACUGAGAGGGGCAUUUUUCGGUAUACUGGGCAUGCUCCUGCCAUUUGUACUCUUUGCCAACUUCCUGGCUAGCAGCAGUGCAAGAGGCACUCUAGAAAACCUUGUUGGUGGACCCAUUGCAGAGAAACUCAGCACUUACACGGCCCCAGUAGAGAAGAUGUGGCAUUCCAUUCCCGCGCAGUACCACUACCACAGCCUGAUAGGCAUGCUUGUCUUCUCUUUCCUGCUCUUUCUCGUUGCCAAGUUCUCAUCCAGAGUGAAGUCAACUCUAUCACGAAAACAGAAGAGAUCGCUAAUGGAGAAGCGUGAUUAUGUGCAAGGGUACUGCAAGGGCAAGAAGGAGAAACUGUACAAGGAAUAUCUUCAACAGAGCGUGGGGGCACAUGACCUAUAGCCGGCAUUGGCAUUGCUCCAUUAUCACAGAAAGUCAAACCCAUUUGCAAAUAAAAAUGAUUUAUUUCAGA